AUGAGGCGUAGGGAAUUGGAAUUUGCUAUUGGUGACAAGGUUUUCUUGAAAGUGUCACCUAUGAAGGGGGUAAUGCAUUUUGGCAGAAAGGGCAAGCUUAGUCCUCGCUAUAUUGGUCCUUACGAGAUUACGAAAAGGGUUGGGAAAGUAGCUUACGAGUUGAGAUUACCAGCUGAGAUGUCCAUGGCUCAUCCGGUGUUUCACAUUUCGAUGUUGAGAUUGUACAAACCCAUUCCUUCCCAUGUGUUGAAUCAUGAACAGAUUGAAAUUGAUGAGGCAUUGUAUUAUGAAAAAGAGCCAGUUCAGAAUUUAGAUCGUCAAGUUAGGAGGUUGAGAACAAAGGAUGUAGUGUCGGUUAAAGUUUUAUGGCGAAACCAUAACACUGAGGAAACUACUUGGGAAGCGGAGGAGGACAUGAAUAAAAGAUAUCCUCACUUGUUCCCUACUACAGGUUCACAUGAUUUUCAGGACUAA